GGCAUCAGUGGCCAUGGCGGAGACUGCGGCGGCGGCAGCAACGGCGGAAGCCGCCUCGGCGGACACCCCUCCUUUUCAGCUGGGCAAGCCUCGCUUCCAGCAGACUUCUUUCUAUGGCCGGUUCCGACAUUUCUUGGACAUCAUCGAUCCCCGGACUCUCUUUGUCACUGAGAGCCGCCUUAAGGAGGCCGUGCAGCUGCUCGAGGAUUACAAGCAUGGGACGCUGCCUCCCGGGGUCACCAACGAGCAGCUUUGGAGUGCUCAGAAAAUCAAGCAGGCAAUCCUACACCCGGACACCAAUGAGAAGAUCUUCAUGCCUUUUAGAAUGUCAGGUUACAUCCCCUUUGGAACUCCCAUCGUUGUGGGCCUCCUCCUGCCCAACCAGACUCUGGCCUCCACCAUCUUCUGGCAGUGGCUGAACCAGAGUCACAACGCCUGCGUCAACUAUGCAAACCGCAACGCAACCAAGCCUUUGCCUGCAUCCAAGUUCAUCCAGGGCUACUUGGGAGCCGUCAUAAGCGCUGUCUCAAUCGCAGUGGGCCUUAACGCUCUGGUUCAGAGAGCCAACAAGUUCACGCCGGCCACCCGCCUUCUCAUCCAGAGGUUCGUGCCGUUCCCAGCCGUAGGCGCUGCUCGAGACGGCCCUGACACGAGUGGUUCUCCCCAUGCCCAUCCUGGUUCUACCUCCAAUCAUCAUGUCCAUGCUAGAAAAAUUGAGACAUCCCAAUUGGAGCCAGAGAUUGCACUGGCCACAGCCAGUCGGACGGUGGUGUACAACAAAGGCCUGUGAGUGGAAGCAGGUCCUCUGGCCAGAGAGGCAGCUGGGCCAGAGGACCUGGUAGGGUGAGGGCUGGGGAGAGGAACUGUCAGCCUGCCCUCCUGUCUCCAAGUAGCUGAGUGAGGAGUUCUAAGCUAAUACCACAUCACUAAUAUUGGAAGAGAAGUAACAUUUUCAGAGAACCACCACUUUAUAGGAGGUCAGGAUGUUAAGGCAGUCAAAUUUUAACAUAGAGAAGAAGGGGGGAGGGAAGCCCAGUGCAGGGAUGAAUCAGAAAUUAUAGAAAGGAAAUACUGUGAUUAAGUGCAUUUCUGGGCCCUGGUGGGGAGCUUAGAGAGCCCAUCCCAGCACAAUCAUGUGAAGCUUGGAAGGAAAUAUAUGGAAUGCCCUAAGGAAAGAAAUAGAAACAGGGUGUUGGGAUUUUUAUUUUUUUUGUUUGUUUCUUUUUAUUUGAUUUAAAUCAGAACUGAGUCUUAACAGUGGUUGAUGCUGCAAAGAAACCAUUUUUAUAGAUGAGUGGAUUGGGGGGGAUGAUGUAUCACAUGUCCUUUGGGGAAAAUUUGUAGCCCAUUUGUCCCCUGCCUGAUGUGGUGUUCCCAGGAAACAGGAGGUGAUACAUGCGUCCCUUCCCCAACCCUUCUCCCCCUUCCUUGAAGACCUAGAACCUAGCUGGACUAGAACCUGAGGUCCUAGAGGCUUCCCAUUAAUGGGACCAAGAAAGGAUGUCCUUAUCCUCAAUAGCAGUUUUCUGCCCUCUGGAGCCCCCCCAGGUGGGGAAGCCAUAGACCAGUAAAUAGGGGUGCCAACGCAAGUCUAAAUCCUGAACUUGUAGGAAACCGCGUACUUUGGUGUGAUUUGGGAAAGGGAGGAGGGAAGAGAUGCUCCUGAGGGCAGGACGAUAUUGGGAUUCCUUACAAUGAUGAGAGCUCCCAAGGCUAAGGCCUGAACCAGCCUUGGAAUAAGAUGCCAGAGGCGCUCUAGGUGCCGUAGCAGGAGAGGGGCAAGGACUUGAAGUGGCCCACAUUGGAGGGAACUGAAGAGUGGAGGAAGAAAAUGGCAGCAAUCCUUCCAAGGGGCCGGUCGGAGCUGGAGACUGAGGUUCUGGAGUGCUUCCCUGAGUCCUUUGGGGCAGACUAGACCUGGCCUCUAGUCCAAAACUGUAGCCAAGAAGAUUAUUAGACUCCUUCACUGGUUUGGGCGAUGUAGCUCCCUUCAGGACUCGGUGGCACCAUCCCCCCAUGGAAGACCAUCACUAACUAAAUCUCAGAUGGUACCCUCUUGCCUGUCCAACAGCCCAGGCUCUACCAGUUCAUCCCGAAGUCCCCUGUCCUCUGCUCCUCCCUACUCUACCCCUCAAGGAAUAAGCCAAGACCCAAUGGAAGCAAAGUCAUCUAAUUCCUUGAAAACGACCCAGACAUUGAUUCCUUCCAGCCCUGAAAGCCAUUACGAUUCCAGAGGUGGAGAGAAUCCCCCUUUCCCCACUUCCCAAGGAAGCGAGACCUAAAAAUCAUGGACGUGCCACCCCUUUUGGGAUGGGGGUCAUCUAGGGAAAGUCCUCUGGAGCACAUCUGCCUGGGAAAAAUGGAACUGGAGGACCAGCGGAGCUGAGGACCCUCUAUCAGCAAUAAGGUUCAACUUCAGGAUGGAUGCGCCACUGACCUGAAUGUUUGGGCCAACUUGUGUUUAUUUCCCUCUGGACUACUCUGCUCAAACUGCAGCCAGGCCUCUUAGACCUGGACCUCCCUUGGAUUUUAGAAAACAAAUGAAGCUUCUUCCCUCCCCCUUCCCCUGCUUCUCUUCCCCUGUUCCUUACUCUCUUCCCCAAGGAUGCAGAGAGCUGUUCCUCCUGCCUCAGGCCAGACGCUUUGGCAGAAAGUCAAAACCCCUGGGCCACAGGCCUAGCUUUUAUGCUAACUUGCUGUGUGACUUUAGCAAAGUGGCUGUCCCUCUCUGGGCCUCAGAUUCCUCAUCAAUAAGAUAGGAUAGGCACUUAACGGGAUCUUAGAAGUCUUUUCCAGCUCUCUGAGUCUGUGAUGCUUCAGCUCCUGUUAAAAACUGAACACCAAGAUAUAGACUGGCAUCACCCUGGACAGAUCCCUGGAGGAUUUGUUUUGAGAAGGACCAAAUAUUAUUAUUAAUGAUUAUGUUGAAAAGAAAAAACAAACAAACCCUGUUUCAGGUAACAGUGAUGCCUCAGCUGUCUAAAACCAGGCUGGCCUUUUGGAAGGAAUCCCUGGGCAGGCCAGCCCUUAGUAAGCUCCCCAGAGCCCUUUCUCUUUGCCCCGAGUGCAGGCAGAGCUCAGAAAGAGAGAGAUCACUGUGGCAUGGAGUGGCCACCUGCCACCAUGUUCCCUUAGCCUAUGGCUGCACCUCCUGCGAGACGCCCAGCUCCGCUCUAAAGAGUGACGGAACUAAAACAAAUUCCAUCCAGGUGAGAGAAGGGGAGCCAGACUUUGCUCUGUAGAGAUGGAGAGGAAAGGCUAGGCUGGUCCCCUUGGCCCUGAGAUGGGCAGCAGCAGCUCCGGCAGCCCAGGGAAGCAGUGGAGUGACCGUCAGAUCACUUCUGCCACACUGAGCUGAGGAAGAGGGCCCAGAGAAGGGUAACAACUUGCUGGAAGUCACACAGGGAGAACAUGGGGAACCAAGAUGGUGGACAAGACUCAAGAGGGGCAACCUAGUCCCCAUCCUCAGUCUCCCUGAGCCAGGUGUGAGCCCUUUGGAGUAGAGGAUCAAGGGGCAGAGAGGCUCUAAGAGAACCCUACAGAAAGCGGUGUCAGUGUACUGGACAGGAGGAGGAGACGUGGCCUGCUGGGCCGCAGCUAGGCCGGACCUGGCACCCUCACUACGAUCGCCCCUUCCCUGGGGUGCUGGGUAUUGAGGAGUUUGAAGAGGGGCAUGAGGGCGGGCGUUUAUUCUUGUCUGACCUAGGGCUCGAGUUCUCCCUUCCCUGCCUCUCCCUGGCUAAGAAGAGCCAAUCCCACUAUAAUGUGAACUCCCUGUCAUCCCAGGGUUCUGAAGGACCACGCAUGGGCCCAUGCAUGGAGGCCCGCCUGGGAGACUGAACUCAAAGCCUGCAGCCCCAUCCGGCCCCCCCUCAAACUGGAACUGAGCACUUUAUCUUGGGACGCAGCUGCUAGCGACGUCCCCCAAGGGAUGCCCGUGUCCUGGGAAUCUGGCCAUCUUGUUUCUUUGUCUUCCAGCUGACUUCUAGCGAUCUUAACUAAGUCAGACAUCCUUCCUAGAAGAUGUGAGGGUUGAGGGAAGGGGAGGAAGAUGGGCAGAACAGGAUCUGCCUUUCUUCCAACCGCUCUGACCCAUCUCGCCCCUUGAGCCUGGCUGGGGAAGCAGCCUUGCAGAUCCCCGCCGGUCCGGAACUUCCCUGCUUCCACCCAGGCAAGAAGGAGAGGCCAGAGGAAAGAUCCGAGUGCUCCCUGGUCCCCUGCCAGGCUGAUGGAGGAUGCCAAGCCUGGGGGUCAGGCGGGCAGAGGCGGUCUCAGCUAGUACUGAACGAGGGUUUUGCCCACCCCGUGCAACAGCCCAUCUGUAGAGGUUCCUCAUUCUUCACCCCGCUGCUUCCAGAUCUCCCCCACAAGCAUAGGGCGGCUCCUCUCCCCAGGCCGGAAGGACGGCCUCUUUGUGUUGCUCAAAGGGACCAGAACCCAAGAUCAGAUGUCAAGAGAUCCAAGGUCUGGGCCAGCGUGUCCACCCAGCAUAUCCUCACCUCACUUCCCUGCUCCGGCAAACUCCAGGACGCAGCUGGGGUACUUGAUCUGGACCGCCUCGGCCACCAUGGGUGAACACGUCAACAAGGCACC